UUCACGGCAGUUCAAUAUCACAACACCAUCAGCUUCUCUCAUCAUUAGCAGGCAACAACCAACCAAACACAUAUCCAACACCCUCCCACAACUCUCAACACCACAAACCCACCAAAUACCAACAGUCACAAUGCAUUUCACCACUAUCGCCCUUACUACCCUUCUCUCUAUAGCCUCAGCCGCCCCGGCGUCCCUCGAGGCCCGUUUCCCUACGGGCAGAUACAACAACAUCCUCCCACCAUCCGCCAUCUCCAUAUACCACGGUCAGAACGGCGCCAUUGACUACGGUACCUACCGCGGCGAAGUUUCCCGCAACAACUGGGACGGGCGUGACAACAGCACGCUCGUAACCUUCGACCUCAACGGCCGCACCCUCCCCGAUACGUGCUUCCUGCGCUUUUGGCUCGAACCCAACACCCAGUCCUCUGAUCCUGAGACUGGCUCUUUCGUGUCUGGCACCGGGCUUAUUGACGUAUUCUCCAGUCUGCAGCCUGCGCCUAAAGAGGGCAGCAAGGGCUGGGGUGGUCCAGGCAACCAGAGGAAUAACCCUCUUGGCAGAGUGAAGGUUAAUUUCAAUGGUGAUGCUACGGUCCUGGAUUUUGCGCCCAAUCAAUUGAACGGGUUUAAGUGCCCGAAGGUUGGAGACUGGAACGUUAAGAAUGGACUUGUGGGAUAUGAGCUUGUGCCUGUUGGUGAUGCGGAUCGGGUGCAGUGGGAUGGUGCGGUUAGUGGGUUGACCUUGAACUGGUAGAGAGUUUGGGACGGAGGUAAGAAUGGGUGAGAAGAUGGUAAUUUGUUUUGUGGUUGAGCUUGCGCUUCAGCGAUCUUGGUCCUUACUUCCAGCGUUUGUUGUAGACAGUCCUUAUUCA